UACUGUCAGGUUCUGACUUCACUUUAUGACUUGACACGUGUUAUAACUUAAUAGGACAAUGUCAGUCAUAGGAUUAUCGAGUCUGAUUUAGAAUGCAAUAUUUUCAGUAGAAAAUUGUUUUAUUUAGGAAAUAUAGUAAGUAAUCUAGCAAUUCUCAGUAAUUACGCUUAAGUUAGUAGCCUAAUUGAUGAAUUUUUGAUCAGCAUUCACUCCAGAGUAAAGAACAAAAAGGAACGAUCGAAAAGAACAACUCUUCGUAAUGGCCAGACUGAAUGUAAAAUUGUUAGCAAAGUAUUUUUCAACAGCAACAAAAGUGAAACCUUAUGAUGAGAUUCCAACGUUACCAAAAUGGCCAAUUCUUGGACAUGCGUAUCUCUUUUUCCCAAAUGGAAAGUACAAACUUGACCGAUUGGGCGACGCGAUUUUGGACCUGAGUGAAUCGUUGGGCAACAUAUUCAAACUGAAUCUGAACGGAAGUGACCUGGUGGUUAGUCUAAAUCCCGACGAUGCAAGAUCCAUGUACGCGGCCGAGGGGAAACUACCCUUCCGCCCCUCCUUUCCUGCCCUGGCCCAUUACAGGAAAAAGACGUUUGGCAGUAUCGGGGUAGUGCCAGGGAAUGGCGAAGAAUGGCUACAUUAUCGAAAAGCGGUGUUGCCGCUGUUGAAAGGUAACAUUGUUGCCGCUUACGCUGAUGAUCACAAAAUGAUUUCAUCCAGAUUUGUGAAUUACAUCAGGAGGAAUAGAGGCAGCAAUAAAGAGUUGAAAGAUGUCUUCAACCAUCUAUUGAAAUUCGCAAUAGAAGCUACUUCUGUCACUUGCCCUGGAGUUCUCUUCGAAUGCUUGGAUGGGACAUUGGAUGGAUCAGACGUUUCGAAUGAGAUAACAAAGGCGAGCGUAGAUUUUAUGGAAGGCAUGUAUGGAACUCUGGUCGAGCCCCCAGUUUGGAAAAUUUGGAAAACAAAAAGCUACAAGAAGUUGGAGCAAUCUCAUACUGUGAUUCACAGAUUGAUAGCAGAUGGAAUUGAGAAGACUAAGCAGGACCUUAAGAAUAAUCCAAACAAACAUCCCUUUAUGGUCUCUCUUUUUGAAAAUGCUACACUAACUGAGAAUGAAGUCCUAGUUUUGGCUAUGGAGGUGUUCCUUGGUGGUCUGGAUGCGACUCCUACCACUCUAGCCAUGGCCUUGCAUUACCUAUCCCAAAACCCUGAAGCUCAGGCAAGAGCUUUCAGUGAGGUGUCCACCCAGAAUCAACUGAAAUACGUUGAAGCCUGCCUAAAAGAAACACUGAGGAUGGCUCCAAGCGCUGGAGCUAGCAGUCGCUACCUCGCCGAAGAGGCCAUUCUUAGUGGAUAUCUCGUUCCAGCUAAUACAUUGGUGGCUGUAUUUAGCCCAAUCACAUCUCGUGAUGAGAAAUACUUUCAUUCGCCCAUGGAGUUCAUCCCUGAAAGAUGGUUCAGGGAAAAUAAAGACAAGAGACAUCCUUUCGCGUCGAUUCCCUUUGGGUUCGGAGCCAGAGUCUGUCCCGGAAGACAUCUUGUCAAUCAGGAAAUGCUCAUACUUCUAACUGAGAUUUUGAGAAACUUCAAGCUCGAUUCAAACAAUGGACAAGUUGGUAUGAUUCAUCGCAUGAACAGAAUUCCUGAUCAAGAGAUUAAUAUUUUCUUCACUGAUAGAUAGAAAUAUUCAUAUUUUGAAGAUAAGGCAAGUGCAGUUUUCAACCAUGUCUAAAUUUUUAUAAGGCCUUCUCAUUUUAUUCAUGUUUUUACCAUUUCUAUUUAAUUUUCAUACCAUUUUGUUUUAUUAGUAAUUUCUUCGAUUUCUGCAAGUCUCUGACGAAGGAAAAAAAUGUUAAUUGCAUUUUAAAAAUAGUUUUCUAAUCAUAAGGCUCACAUAAAUUAUCAAUUUUAUAAUGUGUAUGUAACUUUUAAUUAGGUUUGAAUAAUUUAGUUUUAGAUACUUUGUGAUAAGACUUUCAGUAAUAAAUAGUUGAAUACAGUAAAAUAUGA